AUGAUAUCUGAAUCGGUCAGUAGCAUUCGCAGUUCUGCAUCUCGACGCCGCGCAGAUCGACUGAUUCGUGAGGCCGAACGUUUGUCCGUCAUUGCUGCCUACCCUGCGACAGUACCGAACAUUGGCAGACCAACCAGACCGGGAUACUCCCGCAAUCGAGGGGCCACCUUUAGAGACCCUCUGUCCCAACCAUCACCAAAUAUGUCUAGCUCGCGCUUCUGGCAGGCAAAUCCGAAGCCAACGCAGAGGCAGACAAAAGUGCACCAACUCCCGGCUCGAAUCAAGGUUGCUCCUCAGGCCAACGGGCAAGUGUAA